CAGAAAGUAGGAAACGUCAUGGCAAUCUGAGAGUGGGAAGAAAGGAGAUUGAGUGGGAGCCAGAACAGCCACCAAGCACUGUGCCCUAAAAGGCCACAUUGCAAGGGUGAGUGACCUGAUUUUGACAAGUAGCCAGAGCAAGAGAUUUUCAGGCUGGACGAACACCAUAGGAUCUAGCAAUCAGUGACCCACUUGUGACCUGGGAGGAAAGGAUUUAUUGGAGCCAGCUCAAGAACACGAGCAAAUACAAACUAUGUCGGAAGCUACACAGCCUUUCCUGAUAUGAACAAAGUGUUCUCAUUUUAUUUUGGGACAGGAUCUUAUAUGUAGUCAUGGCUGGCCUCAAACUCAGAGAGAUUUGCCUAUUUCUUCCUUGUGAAUGCUAGUAUUAAUGGCAUGUACACCAAGCAACAAAUCUUUAAAAGUAUUUUUUAAAUAUUUUAUUUUUUUUAAGCGGGUGUGGGUGCAUACAGAGGCCAAAGGAUUCCAAUCCUUUGGAAAUGCGAGUUACAGGCACGUGUGCUGUGCUUGACACAGACACUGGUCUUCUGAAAGCACACUUAUCAGCUCUUAACAGCUGAGCCACUGCUCCAACCCCCUUUCCAGUAUAUUUUAAAGCAAACAAACAAAUAAAACUGGAACCCUUGUAAAGUGGGGCUGGAGGGAUGGCUCCGUGGUUAAGAACACUUGAUCAGUUCCCGCAUCCAUACCGUCUGAAACUCCUGGUCCAGGGGAUACUGUGACCUCUUCUGGCCUCCCCGUGGUGCAUAUAAACAGGGUGGCAAAAUACUUACAACAGAUGGUGCUUUACGAAUAGCUCCCGAGACAUGCAGCCACGCAAACACAAGAACAUAGAACUGACACAGGCACAAAAAUUAGUUUUAAAGGAAAUGCAAUGUCCUAAAAGGUAGGUGGUGUGAUGGCGCACGCCUUUAAUCCCAGCACUCGGGAAGCAGAGGCAGUGGACUCUGAGUCCGAGGCCAGCCUGGUCUACAACGCAGGCUAGCCAGGGCUACAAGAAAAACUCUGUCGCGGGGGGUGGGGGGAGUGGGUGCCUGAGUAACACGUGGGGUGACCUCUCCGCUUCCACGUGCACGCACAACCACAUUUUAAAAUAUCUCUAUCUAUCCAGAACGGCCAUGCACAUCCAGGGAAGGCGCGAAGCCACGUGCACGCCACGCAGCCCGGCCGGCGGCCUCGCGGAAGCCGUCCUGCAGCGCACCGGAAGUGGCCGUCCCCACCGGGGGUGCUUCGGCCACGCGCGGGAAGCCGACCUUCCUUCCAGGAAGCAAACAAAGACAAAAAAUAAAAUAAAAAAGAGGGAGAAAAAAUAAUAAAAACGAAAAACAGGAAGGGAGCGGAGAGGAGGCGCCCGCGGCCCCCGAGCUGCGGUCGCCGGCGCAGAGCCGCUGCGCACGCGCAAGCCAGGCUCCAGACCCCCGGCGCGGCCCGCAAAGCAGGGCCCUCAGGAACAAUGGCCCAAGUAGCAGUGACUACUCAGCCCACUGAUGAGCCCUCAGACGGCAGGAUGGUGGUGACGUUCCUCAUGUCUGCCCUGGAGUCCAUGGUGAGACGCUGUGGCUCUGCCGAUUGUUACUGAACUGAACGAUGGAGACACACUUCAGGGUCACUUCUUUGUACCCCCCUCGUGUCUGUAUGAGGGUGUCCUUCAGUGCAGCAUGGAGCUACACACCUGUAAACCCCAGCACCUUAGGAGGGCUCCUAAGCCGACCUAACGAACUCCAGGCCUGCAUGUGUAGAACCCACUCUUGUCCUUUGGCAUUUCUGUUUCAGUGUAAAGAGCUGGCCAAGUCCAAGGCCGAGGUGGCCUGCAUCGCUGUGUAUGAGACAGACGUGUACGUGGUGGGGACGGAGCGGGGCUGUGCCUUUGUCAACGCCAGACAGGAUCUCCAGAAAGACUUUGCACAGCACUGCCAGGGGGAAGGGCUGCCUGAAGAGAAGCCACUGUGUCUGGGAAAUGGGGAGGCCUGUCCUGGAGAAGCCCAGCUGCUCAGGAGAGCCGUGCAGGACCAUUUCUGCCUCUGUUACCGUAAAGCCUUGGGGACAACAGCCAUGGUCCCUGUUCCCUACGAGCAGAUGCUACAGGAUGAGGCAGCUGUGGUGGUUCGGGGCCUUCCGGAAGGCCUGGCCUUCCAGCACCCAGACAAUUACAGCCUUGCCACCCUGAAGUGGAUCCUGGAGAACAAAGCAGGGAUCUCCUUCGCUGUAAAGAGGCCCUUCCUAGGUGCAGAGAGCCAGCUGGGUGGCCUUGGGAUGGUGACAGAUGCUGGGAGGCCGACAGUACCACCAAAUGACAGCUAUGGCCCUGUCAGUGUGAAAACUGAACCCAUGGAAGAUUCUGGCACUUCACCAAGGGCAGCAGCCAUGCUAAUCAAGACGGAGUCGGAAGAUCCUAAUUACAACGUGUGUAACGUGCAAGGAAGCCAGCAUUUUUCCGCCAGCAGUGACGUCACUGGAAUGGAGCUACCAUCUGAAGAGUCUACUCGGAUGGUCGCUUUAGAGACCAAUGAGGACCCCGAGACUGAGGUAAAAAUGGAAGGAAAUGCAAGUCCAUCCAACCUUGUAAACUCUGCAGCAGGUGUUGAAGACCUUAGGAUCAUACAGGUGACAGUCGCAGAUAAUGAGAAGGAGAGGCUCUCAGGCCUCGAAAAAAUUAAGCAACUGCGAGAACAAGUAAACGACCUCUUCAGCCGCAAGUUUGGGGAGGCGAUCGGAGUGGACUUCCCCGUGAAGGUUCCCUACAGGAAAAUCACCUUCAACCCUGGCUGUGUGGUGAUUGAUGGCAUGCCUCCGGGGGUGGUGUUCAAAGCCCCCGGGUAUCUGGAGAUCAGCUCCAUGAGGAGGAUCCUGGAUGCUGCAGACUUCAUCAAGUUCACGGUCAUUAGACCACUUCCUGGACUUGAACUCAGUAAUGGCCAGAGAGAAGCUGGAGAUGGUGGCACAUGCCAACCAUCUCACAUUGAUGAGGUGGAGUUAGGAUCAAAACGCCAAGGUCACUGUUGGCUCCCUAGUGAGUUUGAGGCAUGCUGGGGUAUCAGGACACCCGCUCUCAAAAUUAAAUAGAACAGGGCAAGGGUUAGGGAGUUGCCAAGUCACCAUUCCAUGUCUCUAUAAAGUGGGGAAACGGAAGAUAGACCAGGAGGGCCGCGUGUUUCAAGAAAAGUGGGAGCGAGCCUAUUUCUUCGUGGAGGUGCAGAACAUCCCCACGUGUUUGAUCUGCAAGCAGAGCGUGUCGGUGUCCAAGGAGUACAACCUGCGCCGCCACUACCAGACCAACCACAGCCGGCACUAUGACCAGUACUCGGGUCAGGCCCGGGAAGAGAAGCUUAGAGAGCUGAAAAGGGGACUGCGGAAGUAUCUCCUGGGGGCCUCGGAGAUCGUGUGUCCAGAGCAACCAUUCCCCAAUGCAAGUCCCCCCACGAACUCCGCGGUGCAGCCGGCGGAAGAGGUGGCCGGGAGCUUAUGGGAGAAGUUAAGACAGAAAAUCCGCUCCUUUGUGGCGUACUCCAUCGCCAUCGAUGAGAUUACGGAUAUCAAUGACACCACCCAGCUGGCCAUCUUCAUCCGCGGCGUCGACGACAACUUCGACGUGUCCGAGGAACUUUUGGACACUGUGCCCAUGACAGGCGCCAAAUCCGGGAAUGAGAUAUUCCUGCGCGUUGAGAAGAGUCUCAAGAAGUUCAGUAUCGAUUGGUCCAAGCUGGUGAGCGUGGCCUCCACGGGCACGCCGGCCAUGAUGGAUGCCAACAGCGGGCUGGUGACAAAGCUCAGAGCCAGGGCAGCCUCAUGUUGCAAGGGAGCCGACCUCAAAUCCGUGCGCUGUAUCAUUCACCCAGAGUGGCUGUGCGCCCAGAAGUUAAGAAUGGGCCACGUCAUGGACGUGGUGGUAGACUCGGUGAACUGGAUCUGCUCCCGUGGCCUGAACCACGGCGACUUCACGACACUGCUCUACGAGCUGGACAGUCAGUAUGGCAGCCUACUGUACCACACGGCCCUCAAAUGGCUGGGCCGAGGGCUGGUCCUCAGGAGGUUCUUCGAAUCCUUGGAGGAAAUAGACUCGUUUAUGUCUUCCCGGGGCAAACCUGUGCCCCAGCUCAGUUCUCGGGACUGGAUCCUGGACCUGGCCUUCCUAGUGGACAUGACGACGCACCUCAAUACACUGGAUGCCUCCCUCCAAGGCCAUUCACAGAUCGUGACCCAGAUGUAUGACUUCAUCCGGGCCUUCCUAGCGAAACUGUGCCUCUGGGAGACGCAUCUGGCCAGGAACAACCUGGCCCACUUCCCCACGCUGAAAUCGGUUUCCCGGAGUGAAAGCGACGGGCUCAACUACAUCCCUAAGAUCGUGGAGCUGAAGGCCGAGUUCCAGAGGCGCCUGUCGGAUUUCAAGUCGUGUGAGAGCGAGCUCACCCUGUUCAGCUCCCCGUUUUCCACCACGAUCGACAGCGUGCGCGAGGAGCUCCAGAUGGAGGUGAUCGACCUGCAGUGCAACACGGUGCUGAGGACCAAGUACGACAAGGUGGGCGUCCCGGACUUCUACAAGCACCUGUGGAGCAGUUACCCCAAAUACAGGAGCCACUGUGCCAGGAUGCUGUCCAUGUUCAGCAGCACCCACAUCUGCGAGCAGCUCUUCUCCAUCCUGAAGCUGAGCAAGAAAGAGGCGCAGUGGGGCGCAGCACUCCAGGUGGCCACGUGACAGAGCAGAGGGCGGAGCCUUCAAUCCCACUACUGCGGAGGCCAAGGCAGGAGGAUCUGAGUUUGAAUUUGAGGUCAGCUUGGGCUACCUAUCAAUACCCCAUUUCAAUAAAGAGAAGUUGCUGGAAGAGGAAAGGAAGGAAAUCUGGCCAUUCCUCUAUGUGGAGACCUAGAAUGUUCCAGACCUAAUAGCCUGUGAGACGAGAAUAGACCAUUAAACCUCUCCGUUUAAUGAAAAUAAUGUCCCCUCUCCCCCCACUUUGAGUCGGAAUCCCAGUUUACACAUCACAGCUGUUCAGAUGACCUGUGACACCUGUCUGUAGUUUGGUAAAGCCCAUAACAGUUGUAGGUCCAGUGGCUGGCUCCUCUUGGCUUCACUGACCCAUGCCACUCAUCCACGCUGUCCUGUUUCAAAUAAACCCACUGUGAAAGAUG